UGCAGUAGCUGACGAGGACCUGUGGACACACCACAUAAACCAAAAAGUAUGAAUUGCUUAUCAAUCUGUUUUCUUCUGGCCUUUUUGUCAUUGUUUAACUGUGAACAAAGAGGAAUCUACUAUUCAGAAUUAAUCAAAAAUGAAACCAUUUCCUCGUUAGCGAUGUUUUAUGACGAUGCUGCAACUGCCUUAUUGUGCGGGGUUAAGUGUUUUAAUGAUAAUUGUUGCGCUCAUUUUCUCUACGACAAGACAAGUAAGAAGUGCCUUGGACUCUAUAGUUUUGAGAAAAGUGCUAUUUCCUUUUCGCAAAUUCCUGGUUUAUCGGAUAAAACAGAACAAUACAGAAAAGGCUGUGAUUUCGACUGGAUAGAGUUUAAAGGUCACUGCUAUUUCUACGGACAGCAACAAGUUACGUGGCCAGAAGCCAAGUUGGAAUGUCAAAAGAAAUGUUCGUACCUGGUAGAGAUUGAAGAUAAAGAAGAAUCAGCUUGGCUUGCUUUGAUGUUUCUCGAUAAAAGCGAUUGUCCUACGAGUUUAUACAAAAAUUGCACAGCAUGGACAGGAGGUAACGAUCUGGAUAUUGAAGGAAAAUACGUGUGGGACAACUCGAACACGUCUUUCGUUUUUACCAACUGGUAUAAAUUUGUUCCCAGCCAUGGUGAUAUACGAGACUGUAUUGACAUUUUAAAGAAUGGCGAAUGGAAUGAUAGGCCUUGUUCUCAUUUAAAUCAUUUCAUAUGUGAAAAAUAGUUUGACCAGAAAAACAAAUCUUAUGAUUUGAAUAUCUGGAAAGCGCUAUUGGGUAUGAAUUCAUUGCUACGAUUAAUUUUCCUUCUGAGAUACCUUAUUGAUCAUAUUCUAUCAGUUUCAAUUAGUCGAUAUUUUUAAAGGGUUAUUUGUAUUUGAUUUUGUAAAUAUUAUUUUAUGAAUUGAUGCAUUAUUGAUUUAGACGAUAAGUGGACCUUCCAGAAGGUGUUCUCUUAAAUUAAAAAUCUCAUAUAAAUUGAUCGCAGACUAACAGUCAUAUAGAUAAUUGUUGUAUAAAUAUAUAAAAGCAUUAUU